CAAUUCCAACCAAUCAUUGCUGUUGAUAAGCAUAGUUGAGCUAGGCAAAUUAGGCAAUUGAAAAUUAACAUACACUCGUAUUGUUUCUGAACAGCCUCUGUGCUCAGUUUACGGUUUUGUGAUAUUUUAUAAUGUCUUCAUUGUGUUGUGGUAAUUUAUACGAGACUGCUCAGUCUGCGUUGGCCAAAAACGAUUUAAAAUGCCUUAAUGAGCUUUAUUCUCGUUUAUUGGUCGACGUUCGACCUAUGUUUACUAACGAGCAGCUGUUAGAUAGAAUUUAUGACCCCGACCAUACUCUGUGUCGAAAUUUUGGAGCUGAAAUAUAUGUGCCAAAGCACGCUCAUGACGGAAAGACUUGUACUGCAAUAAGGACACUUAAAAACUAUCAGCGAAGUACCAUGGUUGGGGAACGCUUAAAUGGUUUGGCCUUGAUGCAAAUUCAUCAGGAAAUUGUACCAGAUAUUGUGUUCCUAGGCAUGCUGAUGAGCCCUGAUAUGGGGCGAAACAGUCUUGUGUGCAUUCAAUAUUCUGAAUAGUGAAAAUCAACGACCUUGUGAUAUGUAAGUAUAAAUAUACAAUGUUUUUAUGUAUUUAUACGAUUGAGAUCUACAAGAUUCUGCAUAGCUGAAUGAUUAGACUGUUUGAUUUAAACAAUUUAUCGAAAGCAUAAAUAGUGUAGUAUGUUUUGCAAAGUAUGACGUCAUAGGUUUAGCACUGAAUGACGUCAUAAUGUUUUGCCUAUGGUAUCCAAAAUCCUAGAUCCG